UUGGUCAGAGCUGGUAGGCUACAACCAAGCUCCACACACACGAGAGGGGAAAAGAGAGAGAAGGAGUGAGUUUAAAGGAGAAGAGAAAGAGGAAACUGUGUCUGUUGGAGAGGAAGCCUCACUCACACCUCACUCACAACAUAGCAAAGAGGGAAUUGCAAGACCAGAGACACAGCAACCUAGCCUGGGAGCAGGAGGACUGACCAGCCUACUGAACCACACAGGCAGAGAAUAUAACAGAGAAUAAAACCUGAGCGCUUGGGGUACAGAAGACCAGUGACAACAGCCCCUCUGAGCCAGUGGAUCCACAACAACAUUCUACCACCCUGAUCCAGACACUGAGGAACCAGAGACCCAGAGAUCCAGAGGAAGCCCCAACAGCACCCUCGCGCUGCCUUCCAGAGUAGAAUAUGUCCUGCCAGCCCAGCCAACCCUGCCGCUGAGCCGCUGGGGCACCAUGAUAUCCCACUACCCCCUGGCCAUCCUGCUGCCCUGGCCCCCCGGUCCCCACGGACACUGCUCCGACAUGGAGGCCUCUCUGCUGGAUGGGGAGGGAGGGGUGGCCCUGCAGAGGUACCAGGCUCGAUCACCAGAGAGCAGCCCCCGACACUGGAGCUCGGUGCAGGACUGGGGGGAGGAAGUGGAGGAGGGAGCAAUAUACAACGUGACACUGAAGAGGGUCCAGAUUCAGCAGGCUGCCAACAAGGGAGCAAGAUGGCUGGGGGCUGAGGGGGACCGGCUGCCCCCUGGCCACACAGUGAGCCAGCUGGAAACCUGUAAGAUCCGGAGUAUCCGUGCGGGAACGCUGGAACGGCUGGUGGAGACCCUGCUGACGGCGUUCGGGGACAAUGACCUCACUUACACCAGCAUCUUCCUGUCCACGUACCGCGCCUUCGCCAGCACACACACCGUGCUGCAGCUGCUGUUGGACAAAUAUGGAAUUCCAGAGGAUAGUGAAGGACAGAUGGAGCGAUGUAGACCCUCUGAAACCAAAGGAGCCGUUCGAACUGCCCUGGCCUCCAUCCUUCGAGUCUGGCUGGACCAGUGUCCAGAGGACUUCCAGGAGCCUCCAUCUUACCCCUGCCUCCACAGAGUCAUGGCCUAUCUACAGAGGGCCCUGCCUGGAUCGGAGCCCAUUCGUAGAGCCCAGAGUCUACUGGGGCAGCUACAAGCCGAGGCCAGUCUGGAUCCAGACUCCGAGGGUUUCUCUGGCGGUUUCCAUGGCAACAGCUCCUUCUGCCUGGGUGAGGAUGAGGAAGUGGAGAUCGAGGUCCAGGAAGACUUCCUGUCAUUUGAUGCAGAUUUGGUGGCCGAGCAGCUAACCUAUAUGGAUGCGUUGUUGUUCAAGAAGGUGGUUCCUCACCACUGUCUGGGUUCCAUCUGGUCCCAGAGGGAUAAGAAGCAAAACAAGCACAGUGCUUCCACCAUCCGUGCCACCAUCACCCAGUUCAAUGCUGUGGCAGCAUGUGUGGUCAGCACCAUACUGCACCGACGCCAGAUCCGCCCGCACCUCAGGGCACGGGUCAUCCAGCGCUGGAUAGACGUCGCUCAGGAGUGUCGCAUGCGUAAGAACUUCUCCUCGUUGCACGCCAUCGUAUCUGCACUGCAGUCCAACCCACUCUACAGACUGAAGAGGGCCUGGUCCUGCGUGCACAAAGACGGCAUCUCUACGUUCGAGGAACUAUCAGACAUCUUCUCAGAUCACAACAACUACCUGACCAGCCGAGAGCUGCUGAUGAGGGAGGGCACCUCUAAGUUUGCCAAUCUGGAAGGCUGUGCUAAGGAGCACCAGAAACGCAUUCACAAACGACUCCAGCUGCAGAAGGAAAUGGGUGCCAUGCAGGGGACGAUACCUUACCUGGGCACCUUCCUGACAGACCUGACCAUGUUAGAUACUGCUCUACCAGACCUAGUAGAGGGUGGGCUCAUCAACUUUGAGAAGAGACGGAGGGAGUUUGAGGUGAUUGCUCAGAUCAAGCUGCUGCAGUCUGCGUGUAACAGCUACUGUCUGAGUGCUGACGCUGCCUUCCUGCGCUGGUUCAAGAGCCAGCCCCAGCACAGUGAGGAGGAGAGCUAUGCUAUGUCUUGUGACAUUGAAGGAGUGGGAGACAGCAGUCCUACUUCACCCAAACCCCGCAAGAGCAUGGUCAAGAGACUUAGCCUACUGUUUCUGGGUGUAGACUCCUCGGCAGCGAGUUCCCCGUUGAGGGAAACACCUCGGUCGCCUCCUACUGGCAGCUCUGGGGAGAGCAUGGACUCAGUAAGUGUGUCGUCUAGUGACUCCAGCCCUUCAGAAAGCGAUGGCAUGGCCAUGACCCCUAUACACACCUCCGACGCUCAGCAGAACAAGUUGUCCGAGUCUUCUUCCUGUACUUCUCUCCACUCCAUGGACACCACCUCAUCAUCAGCCAGUGUUCCAGUGACCCCGGCCUCUCCCUCUCUCCCCGGGCCACCCUGCAUGCACCGUCGCUCUGUCUCCCUGACACCCAUGUCCCCCUCCUCCCCCAUGCCCCCGGCCUACAACACCCAGGCCCAGGACGCCUGCAUCAUCAGAGUCAGCCUGGAGCAGGGCAAUGGCAACCUCUACAAGAGCAUCCUGUUGACGAGUCAGGAUAAGACUCCAGCAGUGAUUUCUAGAGCUGUGGCCAAACACAACCUGGAGAGUGAGCCUGGGGAGGGAUAUGAGCUGGUGCAGGUCAUCUCUGACGAGAGAGAGCUGGUGAUUCCAGACAACGCCAACGUCUUUUACGCCAUGAACACCUCAGCCAAUUUUGACUUCCUGCUGCGUGUGCGAGGCACCGCGGGGAGGCCGGUCCAGCUGAGAAGUCGCUGCGCCUCCACACUCCCCCGCGCCCAGCAGCGCUCCAGCCUGUCUCUGCGCCUCAGCAAGGUCACACUGUGACUCCCAGGACAGGGGCACAAGGACUGGAGGGGGUGGGAGACUGAGACGGAAGCAUGGGGGAGUGAGUUGAAGUCAAUGAGACUCUGAAUACCCUAUUCCCAAAACCCCUGUCCCCAAUCGGACCCCCACCUCUCAGUGCCCACAUACAUCCCCCAACUCCAGAAGCAGCCUGUGGCCUUCCAAUCCCUGUCCCUACCACCCCCCCAACCCCUAUGGACUAUUAUGGAUGUGUAGUGGGACUUCAGUGCCAUAUAGAAUAUAGAUGCCUUUGGCAGAGCGAGACAGUGCCCCCUCCCCGCAACCUUCCGCUCUCCACAUGAAGAGGUUUUGCACAUGCAGGAGGAGUGACUCCUGCCCUCCAUCAGUAUUCAGCUUUUUUUUAAUCAACUCUCUUCUUUCCUGUGAUGCCUGUUAUGUUUCCCAUUCAGAGGGAGAUGGGAAGGAGAGUGAGACUGCGAUGUCCAGUCCUGUUGCCUUUAUUAAUGAUGAUGAUGAACUCCUGUGUCAGUAUUAAUCUGGGUGAUUGAUUGACAGGAGCUGUGUGAUGUCACUAUCUUUCUUCUUUGUUUCCUUCACCUCAUUGUGUGCACUGUGUGUAACACACCAGACUGCGCUUCUAAUAUUCUGAGCUGUGUGACGAAUACCAUUAUAGAGGCAUUCUGAUAGGUUCCUACUUGGUUUUAACAAGUCCUUUCCUUUUGAAAUUGCUUAGCUGUCCUAUCUCAUCUGUAGGGUGUAGUGACACAUAAGAUGGGUCUCUAUGUGAGGCCCGGAUUGAGUGGCCUGCCGCGCUGAUUAGCAGCCCUGAUAGAGAUGCACUUGUUGGUGGCUAGGUGACGUCAGGAGGUGGGAAAUGGGUGGAAUGAGUGACCUGCUCUUCUUCUUUUCACCUCUGCACAAAAUGAAGUAUAGUUUUGUUUUCCUCUGUUUUUUACAGGGCAGAAGAAAAAAGUAUAUGUAUCAAACUUGGAGAGGGUUCCAAAGGAUGAUGUUCUUAAAUGAUAUGUGAAUUCAGAUUGUCAGAAAGAAGACAGUGCCAGAUUUGCUGUGCUUCAUUUGGAAUCGUGACAGAGGGACAGACUCCCACUCCAGUGCUCAGUGGGUGCACAUUACAUUAAUGAGCACUGGGGCUUAUUCAGGAAGGUGCAGGGUUAAGGUCUAUCUGCUGAACACUCCGUCACUUAUCAUGUGCACUUGGGUGGAGUCAGAUUUUUUAGAGCAGCACCGUUUGGCAACAUGAUACCCUCGCCAGUCCAUGUGUUCCUAGAUCCCCCCAUUUAUAAACAUUCACAAGGCUGCAAUAGCAGAGAUUUUCUUCCCAUUUGUGAAAAAACGAAGAAUCACAUUGAAAACUACCACUGUUGGCUAAUUUAAAAGAAAACCAACUGCAUUUUUGAAUAAUAGCUAAAUCUAAUGAAAGUUUCGGUUUGUUUUACAUUACCUCAUUUUGUGCCUGCUAGUUGGCUGUAGGCUAAAAAUAGCAAGCUAGCCUUUCCAUCUUCCCACAUCGUCCCAAUUUAUAAUUAAAUAAAUGCCCUGGCAAAUAUUCUUAUACUUGCCAGUGUAACCUACAACAUUAUUCCAGUUUAAUCUGCUGCUUGAAUGUAUUCGCUCCCAUAUCAGCUAAAAAUAGAAUGUGGUCAUUUUUGCUCAUGGAGAAAAAGCACAUGGCUAGCAGCUGUUUUACCAUUUUUAGAAGUAGCCUAAAAUCAAGUAAUUACUUCUAAACAAAAUAUGGUUUGUGGGGGGAUUGUAAUAAGGCUAUAAUGUUUAUGGUUUGUGGGGGGAUUGUAAUAAGGCUAUAAUGUUUAUGGUUUGGGGGGAUUGUAAUAAGGCUAUAAUGUUUAUGGUUUGAACAGUCGCUGAGAUUACUUUUAGUUAUCAAUGCAAAAUAGGCUACUUUAGUUCUUAGCAUCAGAUCACUUUUGUUUUCACGGAUUUAUAGCAACACUGGUGCUUAUUUUUAGAGCAAAUUGAUAGAUGUAGAGUUAAUUAUUUAGUGAAACCAGUGGUGUAGUGAAGGGUAAAUGUUUUGCGGGAAAAUUAAUUCAACGUAUAAGGAGCUUGACUUUUUUCACCGCAACCCCACUUUUUUCUACCACUACAGUGUGUGAAACAGCUUUGUGCCAAAAGAGAGAGGAACAAAAUCACAUUUUUGGGGUUCAAUUUCAACCAAGUAAAUUUGGUGGUAAAAUACAGCCUCAUUAUCUACACAACAGUGCCCCCACCCUCACAAAAGGAACAAUAUGCUGCAUUUCAACGUUUUUGUGGAGAGAAUCGGCGUAGCAAGCGACUAGGUAGGCUUACGUACUACAAGGAGCCGCCCAUUUUGUGGUGAAAAAUGACAUUCAAGUACUGCGUUGCGCUCUGUUUGCGUAAACGUUCAGAUGGAAAUUGUCAUUCGGAAUAGGCAGUCAUGUCUGCUCUUACAACAGUCUCAACAUUACAGCCCCCUGUGCACCGAGCCUCAGCCAAUCACUCACUCCCAAUAGUUUGAGUCGCAGACGAAAUGAAGAAAAGAAAUCACACCAGCCCACACUGACACUAACUCAGUUCCUCCUGUGCCCAGGCCUCUACACACACACACACACCUCCCACUUUAACAGAAACCCUUACUGGCUCCCACACACUGCCUAAACAGCAUUAACACCACCACCCCAUCGGUCACACACACACACACUGAAUGCUGUCCCUCCUGUGCCAUAAAUACCUAUUCUCUCCUUGCACACUGUGGUUAUGUUUAUAACACUCGUUCUCUAAUACUGACAUUCUGGCCAUCUCACUGAACACAGUGUACUGAUCUGUUAUUGGUCAUACUAAAGGCUGGGCAAGGUUUACUCUGUGGUCGAUUUCCUCCUAUCUUGAUUCUCAUUCAGCACUUGUGAUUUUUCUCUCAUGAACUUUGUGUACUUCUUCACUGCCAAAGAAUUCUCUACCUAAAUAAAUUAUUAUCAUUACUAUGA